UGUGCCCCCACCCCUAAAACCAAACAAACAGGCACCGCCAUUGCAGGCUACUGCAUUUCCUAAACGCACCAAAAGGGGCCCCUCCCGCCCUAUCCCCUCCCCUUCCAUGGUGGCUACCACAGGCUCUCCCCGACCGCUCCCCAUUAGAGCCCCUCUUUCGCCCGUCGGCGACGAUAGCGCCAACGACGACGGGGUGAGCCACUCCAGCGACGACGACUCCGCAAGCUUCGUGAGCGGGGACGACGAGUUCGACGCCCCUUCCCGGAGAAACUUUUUCGGCAAGCCCGUACCGGAGACCUUGAUGGACUCGACGAUGGCGAGGUUGGUUGGUCAGGAGGAAGACGGUGGUCUCGUGCUUCCCGCUGUCGCCGGCGGUGCUGGUUCUUCGCUUCGCGGGGACCGGAAGAUGGUGCCGAUUGCCAGGGUGUCGGAGGAGGUGGAGGAUGAGGACGAUGAAGGCGAGGAGGGAGUGCAGGGAGAUGGGGAGGACGAGGGUGGCGGUGGGGUGAGUGUUUCUGAUGGACCCGCGCCUGAGGAGUCUGCGGGAAGCCUGAUUAAGGAGGUGAGUACUGUGGAGGAGGGGAAUUCGGGCUUGAAGACGGGGUUUGAAGGGGAGGGUAUUGGGACUUCGGAUGGCGGUGAAAAACUUGACAUUGGAAGCGGCCCAGCUGGUGAAACCAUCGGUUCGGGCGGAAAUGGCGUUGUGGAGGUGAAGAGGGAUGAGGGCCAGCCACAGCUCGGGAUUGAACGAGAUGAUGAUGCUGGGGAGUUCGAGAGAGUUGGUAGCAUGGAGGUUGCGGAAGGCGAGCAGAAACGAGAAAUAAUCCAUUCUGCAGAAUCCGGUGGCCCUCGUUUUGAAGAAACUGGAAUGGCGGAGGUCGAGAAGGAGCAAGUGAAGUCCGAAUCUGCCGCCAGCGAUGUCGCUGGUGACGGAGAACAGGGGGAAGUUGGUGGUGAAGGGCUUCAGAAGGGUCAGGAAAAUCCUGAACCCCGUGUCUUAGACGUAGAGAGAACUUCUGAUUUUCUGGGCGGAUCUGGUGAGAUACCUGGAUUAGAAGGCACCUCAGUGGUUGAACCCACAGAAACGAAAGAAAUUAAUGUCCUAGAGGUAGAUAAAAGUGGAGGUUUAAGUGGCGACUCAGAGAAGAAAAUUGAGUUAGAGGACGACUCAUCCGUAGAUAGAGAAGCGGCAGAGCCCGCAGACUCUGCAAUACUUGUUGAAGAUAUGGUCGAUAGCUUGGAAGGGCUUGAAAAAUCUAAUACCGCAGACAGUGAGUCUGUUGAACAGCCUGAAGUAAGGAGUGAACCUGAUUUAAAACCUUUUGAAUCUAGCGAAAACCGCAUGGUUGGGACUCAGCAGACUGAUAAAUCUGCUGUUCCAAACUUAGAACUCACCAGUAGUGAUGAUGUAGGGGAAGCACAGAAUGGUGAUACUUCUCUAGUAGCUGCCUCUGAUACCAGCCGUGAUUUAGGAACAGAAUCUGUUCCUGUAGUUGAGGCCCCGGAGAAUGUGGCAGUCGAAUCUGUUUCAAGUUACACUGGAGUAGAAUAUAAACCGUUUGUCGAAUCCAAAACCAGUUUUCCAGUUGCUGUUGAAGAGGAUAAAAUUUUGCAAGGCGUUGUCGAUCACCAGAAGCUCGAAUCAGUACCCGGACCAGUCAGGGAGAUAAUUGAUACCACUGAAGGGUACAAAAACAGUUCACAUGAUGAAGAUGGUACUGAUGCUAUUGAUGUUGAUUCCAAAGAAAGAUUGCAGGAAGACCAGUUGAAUCUCAAAAGUGGUUUCAAGUUGCUAAAGGAUACUGAUGCGCCAAUCAUUUUGUCCGCUGCUGGCAGCAGUUCGUCGGAGUUGCAUGAUGGUGGAGCAGCUGCCUCAGCUGAUGAAUCUAAGAGAUUGAGUUUCGUGGAGGAGCUGGAAAAAUUCAUAAACGCCUCAGGAAGCUCUGGCGUUAGAAUUGCGGAUAGCCAGCCUGCGAUGUCUGACUCAGAUGAAGCGAUGGACACCGAAGAUGAUGAUGGGGAGGAAGACAAAGUGCUGUUUGAUUCAGCUGCCUUAACUGCUCUGUUGAAGGCUGCCAGCAGUGCCUCAACUGAGAAUUCCAAUGCUAGCACUCAGAACACAGCAGGUUUCUUUUCCGGCAAAGGUCCUGCUGGGCUCGGAUCAUCCAUUCCGUCGCUAAGGCCGUCUGGCCCUCGCUCGACGCGUCCCAGUAUCUUCAGCCCUUCAGAUCUUUCGGCAAGUAGGGAAUCUGAAACAGAGACCAUGGAUGAAGAAGAGAAGAAGCUUAAUGAGAAGAUAAACUCAAUCAGGGUGAAGUUUCUACGCCUUGUUCAUAGGUUAGGCCAUUCUUCUGAAGAGACGGUCGCUGCCCAGGUUCUUUACAGGUUGGGCCUUGCCGAGGGAAUGCGGCGUGGAAGGGCCGGUAGCAGGGUAUUCAGCAUUGACGCCGCUCGCCAAACUGCAAGAAAUCUAGAGGAAGAAGGAAAAGAUGAUCUAGACUUUUCAUGCACAAUUUUGGUGAUUGGAAAAUCCGGAGUUGGUAAGAGUGCUACCAUCAACUCUAUUUUCGGCCAAGAACGAGCUCAAACUAAUGCAUUCGAACCUGCUACGAGUGUGGUGAAGGAGAUAACUGGUGUAGUGGGCGGAGUAAAAAUUAGAGUAAUUGACACUCCGGGCUUGAAAGCCUCUGUAAUGGAGCAAGGUGCCAACCGGAAGGUUCUUUCUUCAGUGAAGCAGUACAUGAAGAAAUUCCCCCCGGAUAUUGUUCUGUAUGUUGAUCGGAUGGACGCCCGCUCCCGUGACUCCAAUGAUCUUCCAUUGUUGAGGUCAAUUACCUCUUAUCUUGGGGCACCUAUAUGGUUUAAUGCCAUCGUCGCCUUGACUCAUGCAUCCUCUGCACCACCUGAUGGUCCCAACGGCACCCCACUUGGGUACGACACAUCUAUUGCGCAUCGGUCUCAUGCUGUGCAGCAGUCCAUUCGGCAGGCAGCAGGCGACAUGCGCCUUAUGAAUCCGGUGGCUCUGGUUGAGAACCACCCGUCCUGCCGACGGAACCGGGAUGGCAACCAGGUUCUUCCGAAUGGGCAAACUUGGCGGCCGCAGUUGCUUCUGUUGUGCUAUUCUACUAAGAUCUUAUCGGAAGCAAAUUCGCUGCUGAAAUUGCAGGAUCCUGCUGCUGGAAAGCUAUUUCUCGGUGGCCUCCGUUACCGUUCCGCGCCGCUGCCAUAUUUGCUGUCGUCACUGCUGCAGGCCAGGGCUCAUCCCAGAGUUGCUUCGGCCGACCAAGGGGAUGAUGAUUUUGACUUGGAGGAAGAGCUAUCUGAUGCUGAUGCCGAUGAAGAAGGUGACGAGUAUGAUCAGCUCCCACCGUUCAGGCCCCUGAGAAAAUCCCAGUUAGCUAAGCUGAGCAAGGAGCAAAGGAAGGCCUACUUCGAUGAGUAUGAUUACCGAGUAAAGUUGCUCCAGAAGAAGCAAUUGAAGGAGGAGCUCAGGCGGAGGAGAGAAGCCAAAAAACAGUCUGGUUCCAGUGCUGCUAAUGAAGCCGAAGAAUUCGACCCUGAAAGUGGUGGACCGGCAGCUGUUCCAGUGCCACUCCCGGACAUGGUUCUACCGCCGAGUUUUGAUGGGGAAAACCCAGCAUACAGGUACAGGUUUCUGGAGCCGACUGGAUCGCAGCUGCUUGCACGUCCGGUGUUGGACAACCAUGGCUGGGAUCACGAUUGUGGGUAUGAUGGUGUGAGCCUGGAGGAGAGUCUUGCUAUUGCUGGCCGCUUUCCGGCUGGGUUCUCGGUUCAGGUCACCAAGGACAAGAAAGAAUUCAACAUCCAUAUGGAUUCGUCUGUCUCUAUGAAGCAUGGAGACAAUGGCUCAACUCUGGCAGGUUUCGACGUUCAAACCGUUGGAAAGCAGCUUGCCUACAUUUUCAGGGGUGAAUCAAAAUUCAAGAACUUCAAGAAGAAUAAGACUUCUGCUGGUUUGUCCGUCACCCUCAUUGGGGAGACGGUAGCCACUGGAAUCAAGCUGGAGGAUCAGAUAGUAAUCGGAAAACGGGCGAAUCUGGCAGCCAGCGCUGGGGCCAUUCGCGCUCAAAGUGAUGUGGCUUAUGGCGCUAACUUGGAAGCAAGGAUCAUGGAGAAGGACUACCCAAUUGGCCAGGACGCGACCACGUUGGGGCUUUCGCUGAUGCGGUGGCGGGGGGACCUGGCAUUAGGCGCUAACUUGCAGACCCAGUUUUCUGUGGGUCGUGGUACUAAGACGGCGGUGCGCGUUGGUCUGAACAACAAGUUCACUGGGCAGAUAACAGUUCGUACUAGCAGUUCCGAGCAGCUUCAGAUUGCGCUUAUGGGUCUUCUGCCGCUUGCUGUUUCCAUUUACCGCAGCAUCCGGCCUGGUGACUCCCACUUUAUGCAUUAAAAUUUUUAUGGUUCAUUUCCAGUUUGAUUUUGAAUUUUCUUUUGGCGGGAGACUAUCUAUAUCUGAAGGCGGGGAGAAAUAGUGGAGACUUGAGUAGCCAAUAUGCUUUCUUUCCUUUUUGAAUUUUCUCAUAGUUAUUUUUCUGGUUAUUAGAACCGAGAUUGAGUACUUAAGUGAGGUUAUCAUUUUCAUAACUAGGCCGAAGGGAACGUAUUGUCAUGAGUUGCAACCGAGGCUUGAAUUUUAUUCUAUGGUAUCUCGUAUUAGUAGCUGAA